UGCACUCCUGGGUUCUGCUGACUGACCUGGAAUUCAUGAAUAUUUAUGGCACCAGACAGGACUAGGUGUCAAGAGCCGCCUGUUUAUAAUAAACACCUGGAGCUUUCACUUCUAACCUUGCAGUACCAAGCGGGUAUUACUAGCUGUCUGGAGGAACUGUGGGGACUGCAUGAAAAUGACUCAUGAUCACAGUUGUUGCUGUAAAUAAAUAAAUUAUAUUACUCUUUGUCCUUUCUGCUCUCUUGCAGAUUCCUAGAUGGCGCAUGAAUCGGCGCCCUGCCCAUGUGGUAUUGGAAACAGGUUUGAUUGUGACGGCUGUGGGAAAGAAGUGCAAGUUGAGCACUUCAAGGCGUAUGUUUGCAAACCACCUGCCAGCACAGACAAAGCUGUGGUUGUGAUUCAUGAUAUAUUUGCAUGGCAGCUCCCAAACACCAGACACAUGGAUACAUGCAUCUGCCCAGACUUCUUUGCAGGAAGAGAAACUUGGAAGUCUUCUGAUGACUGCUCCAAGUUUGAUAAUUGCCUGGAAACUCAAGAUGCCAGGAAAAUAAACAAAGAAGCUGAUACUGUCCUGAAAUAUCUAAAGGAACGGUGUAGUGUAAAGAAAUUAGGGGUCAUUGGUUUUUGCUGGGGUGGUGUUGCUGUACGUCACCUGAUGAUGACCUACUCAGAACUGAAGGCUGGUGUAUCUCUCUAUGGAUUAAUCAAUGAUUCUGAUGAUAUAUCCAAUCUCCUGAACCCUACAUUUUUCAUUUUUGCUGAAAAAGAUGACUUCAUUCCCUUGCAUCAAGCCACCCUGCUGAAGCAGAAGCUAAAGAAAAAUUGCAAAGUCCAUUUUGAAGUUAAAAUUUAUCCUGGACAAACUCAUGGUUUUGUACAUCGCAGAAGAGAGAAUAUCAAUUCUCAAGAUAAGCCUUUCAUUGAGGAAGGAAGAAAGGAUAUGAUCAACUGGCUGAAUAAAUACAUUUAAUAGAAGAACAAGAAACUUAAUUUGUAAUACAAUUAUAUAAUACAUUGAAGUUUUUCACUAACACAUUUUAGAAAAUUGGAGGGGAGAGUUUGUUGAAAUUAAAUAAAAAAAAGCAAACAGAGUAUUUUAGAUAUAUUUUGUCAGUAGAUUCUAAUUGGUACUUCCAUAUUGCUUUCUUUUGAAGAAGCCUCAGAUUGCACCUAGCAGUGUCAGGUUUUAAUAUGCUGUGAAAUAUACUCAAUUUCCUUGAGGUUUAUCUUAAGGCUUGAAACAAGUUAGACUAAUGGUACAUUAAUGUAUGUGUGUAUUAUGGCCCAUGUUCAUCUAAGUUCUAAACAAAUCACAAGCCCAAAGUUUAAGGAUGCAAAUACAUUAUUUGGUGAAGCACAUUUUGAGAAACUAUUUUUUUUUUGAUGUGUACCCUAUUCUGUGAAACUCGAUAGAUGAUCACCUGGUCAGUUUAGGAAUUCAAAAGUACAAUGCAAUGUGCAAACCUGGCGUUUUAAUGCACGGCUUACAAACCGAAGUUACCGCUUAAAGAAGAAAUGUUACGUGUUUUUGCAUAAUGUAUGUUGUUCCGUAGUUCUUACAUUGAUCUUAUGACACAAAUCUCUGUGUUGCAUCAGCUCAAGGUUGCAUCUACCUCAGCACCCAGUCUCGAAUGACAACUGCCCAGAGAUUUUCCCCUCUCAACCCACUUUCCAGCGGUUUGAGGGAGUCCUGUGCUUGAUAUGGCCACUGCAAUGGUGUGUCACACGGCAGCUGAUGGACCGAGCUGCUGUGGAUUUGCCGGUCUGUUUCUGAAUCUGCUGGCAGUUUUGGCCUCCGGUGCAGCCUGUGACAGUGACUGCCAUGGGUUAAUUACAUUUCCUGGGGAGAAAGGUCUGUGUUCUGUAGUUUGAAAGCAACUGCCAUGGAUCUUCACUGAGGGCUGGUACUUCCAGAGAGAAAUGAAGAAAUCUGAUCCUUGAACGCACCCCUUCAGUUUCAUGAGUCGGCACUUUUGGGAUUGCAUUCAGUGGUCAUAAUCUGCUCUGAGCUCUUGCAACUUGUCUCUGCUGUCUCACACUUGCUGUGCUUCAGUCUCACACAU